AUGCACUGUUUGUGGACUGUCAUCAUGAGAAACCUGUCAUGUCCAAUUGACAAGGGCAUGCUUGUGCUCCUCGCGCCAGUCGCUUUCUGCCACGCGCUUGGCCAUGUUAUGACCAACGUGUCGUUUGCAUCAGUGGCUGUUUCCUUCACGCACACGAUUAAGUCCCUGGAGCCAUUUUUCAACGCGGCUGCAUCCCAGUUUGUCCUCGGCCAGAAUGUGUCACUUCCUCUGUGGCUGUCACUCCUCCCUGUUGUCCUUGGUGUUUCGCUCGCAUCCGUGACUGAGUUAUCCUUUAACUGGACUGGCUUCCUCACUGCAAUGACCUCUAACAUUGCCUUCACUUACAGAAAUGUGUUCUCCAAGAAAGCAAUGGUUGGAAUGGACAGCACAAAUCUCUACGCUUACAUUUCCAUCCUCUCCCUUCUCUAUUGCAUCCCUCCUGCCAUUCUGAUGGAAGGCCCCAAGCUCCUUGCUGGGGGGUUCACGGAUGCGAUUGCCAAAGUUGGCAUGACCAAAUUUCUGAGUGACCUGUUCUGGGUCGGAUUGUUCUAUCACUUGUACAAUCAGCUUGCAACAAACACCCUUGAGCGUGUCUCGCCACUUACCCAUGCUGUGGGAAAUGUCCUCAAGCGUGUCUUUGUGAUAGGGUUUUCAAUCAUCAUCUUCGGGAACACAAUUUCACAGCAAACUGGCAUUGGAACAGCUAUAGCCAUUGCUGGAGUGGCUGCAUAUUCAUUCCUGAAGGCUCGAGAACAAGAGGUACCGUAA